AUGUCACUUGCUGGUAAAAUCAGCAUUGAAAUAGGGGUUCGCGCCACUGCUGCAAAGUGGUUCAACCUCUUUUCAACGCAACUCCAUCAUGUUCAAAACAUUACUGAUAGAGUUCAUAAAACCAAGCUGCACCAUGGUGAUGAUUGGCAUCACAGUGAAUCCAUCAAACACUGGACUUAUGUCAUAGAUGGUAAGGUUACAACAUGUCAUGAGAGUAUUGAAUCCAUUGAUGAAGAGAACAAAAGAGUGACCUUCAAGAUCUACGGUGAAGAAAUCGAUCACCAGUUCAACCUCUUCAAAGUCAUAUUACAUGUAGUUGAUAAGGAGCAUGGUGGUGCUGUUGUCAAAUGGGUGGUUGAAUAUGAGAGGGUUGCUGAGGAGGUUCAUCCUCCAUAUGGUUACAUCGAGUACUUUCACAAAUGCACUGUUGAUAUCGAUGCUCAUCUUCUCAAGGCAUGA